CCCAAACCCAAUUUGGGUUGGAGGGAAUGUUACAAUAACAAGAGUAUACAAAUGAAGCUUCAAAAUCUGAAUCAAAUUGCGAAACACGCUCAAUUUCAAUUAACCAGAAACCCUAACCCCCAAUUUCUAAACCAAAACCUCGCACUCCUUGCAAAAUCUCACGAAGACAAUGGCAACGCUUUCUUCAAUCUCUACAACCAAAUGCUCUCUUUUUCCGAUUCUUCAUCUCACAACCACUACACCUUCACCCACGCGCUCAAAGCUUGUUCCUCUUUUCACGCGUUCUCCAAAGGCCUCGAAAUCCACGCGCGUCUCGUCAAAUCCGGUCACAUCUCCGACCGCUUCAUCCACAACUCGCUCCUCCACUUCUACCUUUCCUCCAACGACGUCGUUUCCGCUACUCGCGUUUUUCAGUCAAUUCCUUCACCCGACGUCGUUUCAUGGACCUCGUUAAUCUCAGGUCUAUCAAAAUGCGGAUUUGAAUCGAAAGCUAUCGAAACAUUCUCUUCCAUGAACGUGAAGCCGAAUUCAUUAACUCUCGUAAGUGCUUUUUCCGCUUGUUCCACUCUCGGAGCUCUUAGAUUUGGUAAAGCUAUUCAUGCUUACGGAAUCAAGUUACGGAUUGAUGGGAACAUUGUUUUUUGUAACGCUGCGUUGGAUUUGUAUGCAAAGUGUGGGUCUUUGAUGAAUGCGCAUAACAUGUUUGUGAAAAUGUCUAAGAGGGAUGUUAUUUCUUGGACUACUUUGUUAAUGGGUUAUGCACGUGGAGGACACUGUGAUGAGGCUGUUGAGGUUUUCAAACAAAUGGUGGUUAGUGGAGAAGCUGAACCUAAUGAGGCAACUGUUGUAACUGUGUUGUCAGCUUGUGCUUCUGCUGGUUCUCUGAGUUUGGGGUGUUGGGUGCAUUCUUAUAUUGAGAAAAGGAUUGAUCUUUGUAUUGAUGGAAAUAUUGGGAAUGCAUUGGUUAACAUGUAUGUUAAAUGUGGUGAUAUGAAAAUGGGGUUGAAGGUGUUUAAGAUGGUUGUUUGUAAGGAUGUUAUUUCUUGGGGUACUGUUAUUUGUGGAUUGGGUAUGAAUGGAUAUGGCAAACAAGCUGUGCAGAUAUUUUCGCAAAUGUUGGUUCAUGGGGUUUUACCGGAUGAUGUGACUUUUAUCGGGUUGCUGUCUGCAUGUAGCCAUGUUGGUUUGGUUGGUGAGGGAAUGAUGUUCUUCAAAGCUAUGAGAGAUAGUUAUGGCAUUGUGCCACAGAUGAGGCAUUAUGGUUGUAUGGUAGAUAUGUAUGGACGUGCUGGUAUGUUUGAGGAAGCUGUGGUUUUCAUUAGAGGUAUGCCUGUUGAAGCUGAGGGGCCUAUUUGGGGUUCUCUUCUUCAGGCUUGUAAAAUUCAUGGUAAUGAAGAGACGUCUGAAUGGAUUAGGGGACAACUAGGUGACAAAAAAGUUGGUGUUGGUACUGUUGCUUUAUUAUCUAACAUUUAUGCAAGUUCUGAAAGGUGGGAGGAUGCUGAUAAGGUUCGGAAAAGAAUGAGAGGCCCUGGAUUGAAAAAGGUCGCUGGAUUUAGUUGGAUUGAACCUGAGGUUAGAUUGGAUUUGGAUUCAAGUUUAUGUGUUGCUUUAGGGAUCCUUAGGGAAGAUUGAUGAAGCUAUGUAACACAACACUAUAGUUGUACCAAACAACAACAGAAACUCCAAAGGUUGAAUGAGACCUGUGUUGAUAUUUCUCUAUAGUCGGUUCAUAAGUUAGACUCAAUAUGUGAUCUAUUCCAUUAUUGUAGAUUUUAAUAAAAUGCUUCGAUUGGCAGCAAGCAGUGGAAUUUGAUGACAAAAGUGUAAGCUAUAAUGUAUAUUCAACUUACAGAAUUAAACUCAAUGGCAAGGAUACUCAAUAAGUUAUCUUUUUUGUUCUAGAUCCCAAGACUCAUGUCCAAUUUCACGUCUAACUUGUCUAUGUGAUGUACCGUCAAAUCACACAAGAGAAUUUAUCAAGUUAACAAUUCUAUUGCAAUGAAAUCGUUGUGUUAGCCAUUGUAAGGAGUCUAUGAUAACUCGAAGAAAUGCAAGAAAUUAUAAAGAUUGCUCUUGUGGCAAAAAGGUUGAUCUAUCUACUUCCAUCCCAGGUUUCACCUACAAGGUUAGGUAGAAAGGUUCCACAAGGUGCAAUUGCUGGAGGAAUGUGAUAGUUUAGUGAUUAGCUUGAUAGAUUGUUAAUAGUUUAGAGAUUAUUUAUUAUAUUUUUAUAUUUCAUGCACCAUAUAAAAGAUAUAGUGGAAGUUUAGAAAUCAAAUUGAAGAUUUACUCAUUUAUAUUUAACUUAACAUCUUAUUUUACCAUUUUAACACUUUUCAUUUUAUAGCAUUUUGAUUCAAUUAGUUUGAUUGUUCCCAAGAGAGUCUGUUCCCUUGUCAAUCCUUAAUAUAUUAAAACAAAAUACAAGUUUCCCUCCUAAUCCUUAAUAAGUUUCCCUCCUAACUUCUACCUAAUCAGUCAUGUGCAUCGCACAGGUAAAAGUACUAGUUAGCAUGAAUCAUUCAAAACAUGAAAUUGAAAUUUGAUAGGGAACAGUUUCUAUUUGCUUAAGAGUUUGAUAUUAUGUAUCCCUUCAACAAGAAAUGGUUUAAUACAAUGUACUACUACCAACAAUAAGAUCAAAACGGGUACCAUUAACGAAU